AUGUUCCAGCCAACGUCGGAAGAUCCGUUCCUUUGGGACAUUGACAGGGUCUGCAAAGAGCUUUGCUCGAAAGACGCCGAGUGGGCUAAUGAUACCUCGGUCCUUGAGUCGCUCUUACGGGAGAACUUGAUCGACGGAGAGACGCUGCUCACAUACGAGCUCACCUUUUCAAGAAAGGAGCUCGUAGAAUGCCUCGGCAUUACGGCGGCUCGGCACCGGGCUAAGUUCAUCAGGAAGAUUCUGAAUCUUCAGGCGCGAAGCCCGAGCUUUCGCCAGGCGAAAACGGAAAUUGAAAAUGAGGAAGUGCAAAACAUCUCGCUCUCCGUUGAACCGUCGAAUGCCCACGCCACAUCGCCGCUGCACAGUACGCCGAAAAUUUCCCCGUAUAUUGCUAAGCAACAACCUGCGGCCGUUCAAGAACCAGCAAAGUCAGACGAUCCUCCGCUAAAACGCCGCCGACUAAUCCCUACAUUUGUUGCGGAUCUACAACAGGGUGAUACUGUACCGCGCAUGCCCGGUUUCGAAGAACCUGAGUCGAGAAAGCUUCCGAAGACACAAAUCCCUAGAGCCGCUUCUUCUGAAGACUUGUCCACCGCCUACCUAGGAAACAAAGCUGUGGCAGAGGAGUGCGUCAUUCCUCAGGUGCACUCAGAUUCCGAUAGCGAUUCUGAUGGUUUUUCCUCAAUAAAAGUGACGUCACAACCACGAGGCAAGACGAAGGCGAUAUACUCCCUCCUCAAAAAGCAUCUUCUUAAAAACAACAGAAAAGUCGCGAGAAUUCAGUCUGGAGUCAAAACCGUUGCGUCCUCCGAUGAAGGCCGAGAAGUUGUCGACUUGGACGACCUGGCUUCCUUGGAUGAGGAUACUCUUCGCGAGAUAGCGGAUGAAGAGGAGGAAAAUAAGCAAGCCAACUCUUCUUUGCUAAGCUCUGAGACAGUCGAAGAGAUUAUCAACGACGAAAUCUCCAAAAUCCAAACUCGGUGGGAGGAAAAGAAACUUCCCAAGCAUCAAAAGAAGGCCUAUCGCUCCUGGACUCACGCCAGAAAGCACGGUCUGCUGCGCUCACAGACUCUUGAAGCGCAGCAGCAGGCAAGACAUUAUCGCAAUCGUCUAAGUAGGUUAACUGGUGAUUUGCGAGUGCUGCCGUGGAAGGCGCAUGAGGAACUGCGCUUCCAAACGCACAUUGUCGAGCAAACGGUGUUCGAUAAGCUGCGCCAGGAGUGGCUCGCCAAGCUGUUCUCGUUGCGGAGUGCACCGCCAAAACCUCCACCAUCACAGCAACAAAAGCUUUCUCACCCUCCCAAAAAAUUCAUCCACAACGACGAGCUUUCAUCGAGCUCCGAAGAAGAGCCUUUGGAGAACUUUAUCGAGGAAGACGACUUGGAUUCUGCACGUGCCAACUCCACAUCACCGCGCGGUGCUCUCUCGCCUCGCCAGCUUCCACCUGCAAACUCCAUCCAGAAUCAGCCACACAGCCCUGCUUCUUCCUUAAGCAUACCUGCAGCUAGUCAAGCUGAUUCUUUUAUUGACUUGACGGUGGCUUCCGACGUUGAAAUGGAAGGCACCGAAGAGAAAUUAGUGCCUCGCACAUUCGAUCCAUUUACCCAAGACAGUUUAGCAGAAAUUGGCAGCACUCCUCCCAAAGUCUGGGCCCAGCAGAAGGACCGCUUCCGUCUUGUCAUCUCUAUUCUCUGGAAACUCAAUUUCGAGAGACGCGAAGCAGUCCUCAAGUCCCUUGCUGGAUCCACCGUUUCGAAGAUCUGGUCGGAUCUAGUCGGUGAAGCUGACGGCAGGUUCAAAGCUGACGACCCACCUGUUAUAGAUUCAUUCUUUGACUUGACGCUCAUUUAUUUGAGCUUCCUAAAGUGCAGAUACUACAAGGAGCAGAAGCUCGAAAAGAUGAGUCAAAAGGAUAUCGACAAGCUGGAAGACUCGUCGGAAUCAUUCCCCCCAUUCUGCGGGUUUAUUGCCAGUAUUAAGGAUCUCUUCCCCCAGAAAAAUCAAAUUGCACGUCUGGACGACUACGAUGAUGAUGAUGAGCUCGUUGAAUUGGACGGACUGCCUGGCGAUGCCGCGGCCGGAGCCAAGAAGACCAAAAAGAAGGAAAUCAUCCUCGACAAAAGUGGUGUUGAGCUCCGUGAGCGCGCAGUACGAGACAUGAGAGAACAGGAACGGCGUCGAAAUGAGCUACGCGCUGCCAUGCGAGAUAAUAACACCUACGACGCCUCCUCCGCCGAAUCGCCCCGGUUUAUCAUCAAUGAAUCCAAAAGGGAGGACCAAGGUUUCAUCUAUGUUCACCGCGAGAUCUCUCUUCGCAUCAAAGAUCAUCAAAUCGAGGGUGUUCGAUUCCUAUGGAACCACAUCGUACGCGAACAAAGUGAGCGUCAAGGCUGCCUCUUGGCCCACACCAUGGGCUUAGGCAAGACAAUGCAGACAAUUACAUUUCUAGUCGCGCUGCGACAGUCUGCGCUUUCCGACGACCCCACAAUACGUGAUCAAAUACCUCAGGACUUGCGCGAUUGGAAAGUCUUGGUCCUUUGCCCUUCGGGUCUCGUGGAAAACUGGAAAGAUGAAUUUCUCAUCUGGGCCCCUCAACACCUGAUGAAGAACAUCACCACCAUUGAGGCAUAUCAGAGCAGUCCUCAGAGAAUCGACAAUGCCAAGUACUGGGCCUCUGAGGGGGGCGUAUUAAUCACCGGGUACAACAUGUUCAAGUCUGGAUUCAGGAAGGGCCUUGAUGACGACCAAACAAUUGACCGAAUUCUUGUCGAAAAUGCAACGGUUGUCAUAGCGGAUGAGGCUCACACUCUGAAAAACCCAAGAGCCAAGGUUACGCAAGUCGCCUCGGAGCUGAAGACCAGCACCCGGAUUGCCUUGACCGGCUCACCACUAGCCAACAAUGUUGAGGAGUAUUACGCGAUGAUAAAUUGGGUUGCUCCAAACUUCUUGGGUCCACUGCAAGAGUUCCGCGACAUGUACGCCGCGCCAAUUCACCAGGGCCUUUAUCAUGACUCUACCACCGCCGAAAAGAGACGGGCCAUCAAGCUGCUCCAGGUCCUCAAGACAACUGCGGCACCCAAAGUUCACCGCGCGACGAUCAAAUCGUGCCUCAAGGACGAACUUCCGCCCAAGGAAGAAUUCGUCAUUUCAGUUCCGCCGACUCAAAUGCAGCGUCAGUUGUAUGACCUUUACAUGCAAGCUGCCCACUACAGUGGCGACAAGCUCGACCAAGCCAGCUUGUUUGGCGUUUUGAACCAUCUAGCACUGAUCUGCGCCCAUCCGGCGGCAUAUCGGAGGACAGUCAUUGAUCUCAGGACGAAGGCGGGCUUCGGGAAAGCUGUCGCGAAAUUCCCCAUGGAAACAAUACCCCAGAUCAUGAAAAUUACCAAUGACAUGGACUUGAAUCGCACCGAGUUUUCAAACAAGGUUGAGCUCCUGAAUAAAAUUCUGAACCAAUCGAGCCGGCUUGGCGACAAGGUCUUGGUGUUCAGUCAGUCGAUUCCGACAUUGAACUACCUAGAUAAACUUUUCCAACACCAAGGUCGACGUUUCUGUCGACUCGAUGGCUCGACCCUGGUUGCGAAGCGACAAGACAUGGUAAAGCGUUUCAACACGGGUUCAGAUGAGGUAUAUCUCAUCUCGACCAACGCUGGCGGCGUUGGUCUCAACAUCUACGGUGCGAACCGGGUCGUCAUAUUCGACUUCAAAUGGAACCCUGUUCAAGACCAACAAGCCAUUGGCCGUGCCUACCGCAUUGGUCAGACGAAGCCAGUGUUUGUUUACCGCUUCGUGGUCGCUGGCUCGUUCGAAGACGAUCUUCAGAAUAAAGCAGUCUUCAAAAUGCAGCUAGCAUCUCGAGUCGUGGACCAAAAGAACGUUGUCAGCUGGUCCAAGCGACUUGCAAAUUUGUUGCACCCGAUCAAAGAUGUCGACGCCACCGAGGCCCGAUUCGCGUUCAAGGGAAAGGAUAUCGUCCUUGACCACAUAUUGGAUCAUGACAACAGCAGAGCCAUCCUCUCCAUCAUGUCGUCUGACACGUUUGAGGAAGAAGACCAGACGGCAGCACUGACAGAAGAGGAGCGGCAGGAAGCUGCGAGCAUGGUUGAGCGACACCACUUGCGCAUGAUGGACCCAGAAAAGUAUAACCAGGUGAUGCAAGCAGAGAGGGUAGCGAGCAACCAGAGACCCGUUUCGCACAUUGCCUCGGGUAAACCGAACAAGGACUGGUUUCCCGGGCGACCUGACCAUACUUCUGAAACGCCAACGCUUUAUAGUCACAUUGCGCCUCAGGACUCAGUGCCCACGGCACCAGUACCGACGCCUUCAUCCGGACCAAUGCCUAUCCUAGGAGCUAACACUUACUACGGCAACAGCGGCGGCUCUGGAGCGGUUCCGACUUACCCACCUGCGUUGGGCAACAACGGGCUUGCAAACCACGGCAAUGGCGGUGGUACUGCAGCGGUUCCAACCUACUCACCUGUUUUGGGCAGCAACGGGUUCGGCUCGCCUGCAUACCAUGGAAAUAGCGGCGGCUUUCCAGUGGUUCCGACUUACUCAAAUCGCAGCAACGGGUCAUCGGCGUUCAGCGAGGGGUCACGGCGAGAGGCACAACUGAAGUUUCAGCGACAGCUGACGAUGUCUCUACAUUCGGCCCAGGUACAAUUUCCGAACUGCCGGUUUGACGCAGAGAAGAAGGCGUUGUCCAUUACAACUGAGAUUGAGCUUGAACGAACAAAGCUGAACAAAGGGCUUCCAGCGGAUGAGCUACGCUGGAAUAUGCUCACUGGCAAACUUGCGAGCAAGAAAGUGCUUCUGGCAAUAUCAUCAGGCCACCUCCCAGGGAAAUACCUCGGCACCGCGUCAGACGAGGCGAUGCAGAGCCGCUUUCAAAAGCUAGAGGAGCUCUCAACCGACUAUUUCUUGGAGAUGAUUCAAGCAGGGGGCAGACCAAAGGACCCGGAGGUACGACAAGCGGAGCAAGAACACAUGCAUGACCAACGUGAAGAAGAAGAAAGCAAAGACUGA